AUGGAUUGCAGGACUUCGACCCAGCUGCUGGGGGCUGUCCGGAGGUCGCGAGGACAGGCCACGGUUUUCCAUUACAAUGCAGCCGUUGCUGCAGAACGUGGUGGAACCUGGACAGCCGGAAUACAGAUUCUUGCGGAGCUUGCAGCAGCAGACGUGGUGGCCAGCAGCUCGUGCUAUGCGGGAGCCAUGAAGACGUUGGCACGCUCACGCGAGCAAUGGGAAUGGGCCGUGGAGGUCCUCCUCCAGAUGGAGGCUCAGAGUUUGCGACGCAACGAAAUUGUCCUGAGCACGGGUUUGACAGCUUCAGCACGGGCUGCAUCGUGGCUCAGCGCUUUGGAUCUGUUCACGAGGAUGGCACAAGAGAAGCUGGAGCAGGAUGCCAUCGCCUGCACAGCAGUCGUGUCUGGCUUUGAGCUGCUGGGGCGCUGGCAGCCGUCGCUGGAACUUCUCAGACAGCUGCCGGAAGCUGACGUCGUUGCAUAUGGUGCAGUCGUGAGUGCUUGUGCAAAGGCUGGAGCUUGGCAAAUGGCUGUGGCUUUGCUGUUUGAGCUGUCCGAGCGGCGUGCCUUGAAUGAGGUUUGCGUGAACUCUGCAAUCACGGCAUGUGAGCGUGCGGGAAGCUGGGACAUGGCAUUGGUGCUGCUCUCUGAAAUGGUGAACCAGGACCUCAGGCGAGACACCAUUGGUGUGUGCGCGGCCAUUAGCGCGUGUGCCCGGUCCAGCCAAUGGCAAGCAGCGCUGGCUUUGUACAAGGACAUGACGGCAUCUCUGUUGCAGCCGAAUGUCAUCGCCAUCAAUGCAGCUAUGCAUGCCUGCGAGAAAGUGAAGCAAUGGACGGUUGUGCUUCACCUUCUUUGGACCAUGCCUCAACAGAGACUGCAACACGAUGCAAUCAGUCUGGGCUCCACGGGAAUGGCCUGCGACAGUGCUGAACAGUGGCAGUGGUCGCUCCAAACGCUUGGCAGAAGUCCAUCAGGUGCAGUUGAAGAUGGAACGCUGCAAAAUUUCGCGCGGAGGCUCGCGCAGCAACCGUCGCUGCUUCCAGAGGAUUUGCAGUUGCUGCGCUCCAUGUGCGCACCAGCGGCCCUCCGCCGGGCGACGCCACAAGAAGUCGUGCUGCUGGUGUGGUGCAUGGCUUCCGUCGGAUUUUCAGAGGAAGCGAUCCUCUCCAAACUGCUGGUCACGGCGAGCGAGCUCCUCUCACAAGGGCGUCUGACCUGGCGUGACCUCGGCCACCUGUCAUGGGCCAUGGCGAACCUCGAGGUCUGGGACCUCGAUCUGUUGCUGGCGUUGCAGAAGGAGUUGCUGAGACGGUUGGCGGAGGUAACGGCGGCCGGUGCGCAGGGUACGCGAAGCUCUACCAUGCAAAUGGACUGCGGCUCUUCCGCCCUGACGACGAUCUGGGCCUGCACAUACCUUGGCUGCCUGCAGCCAAGGAUGCUGGAGGGGGCGGCAGAGGCGUUGAGGUGCAUGUCUACGGCACUGGACAGGUCGACACGGGUCCCAAGCCUGCUGGGGAGGGCUGGCUCUCCAGAGCUCUCCGUUCCUUUGGAGCAUGAGGAGCUGCUCGUUGCCUGUAAGCCGCCACGUUGGUCCGUUGACUCGGGGGAAGCCGAGCGAAACAGCAUUGCUUCGCUGGGAAGAUAUCUGGGAGCCCAGUACCCCGUCCGCCAGUUUCCCGUGCUGAGCGACCUGAGCGCUGCCAAGGGGUUUCUCCACCGCCUGGACGUGCCCAGCUCUGGCUUGAUCCUUGUGGCCAAGAGCUACCGGGCGUACUUUGACCUUCAACUCCAGCUGCAGACCGGCUCGUUGCUUCGAGAGUACGUGACAAUGUGUCAUGGUUGGUUGUCGAGCCAACGAGCUUCUGUACGAGCUCGAGUGCACGUGUGGCGCAAUGGCCAACUGGAUCAUGCCUCGGUGUCACCAUGUGGCAAAGUUGCUUGCACGCGCCUCAAAGUCGUGGGAUACUUUGUGGCGGGGGCAUCCUGCUGCCUCCUUGCCAUCCGUCUGGUGACCGGCCGCAUGCAUCAGAUUCGCCUGCACAUGGCGCACAUUGGCCACCCAACUCUGUUGGACGGCAAGUACAGUGCAACUAGCACCAUUCGCAGUGAUGGCCAGUGUCCCCGAAACUUCCUGCACAGGUAUCGCCUCGCCUUCAAUGCUGCAGGUGAAAAUGUUGCUGCCUCCGCACCGCUUCCCGCCGACCUGGCGGACUUCAUGCAAACAUGCGUGGCGGUGGGCCCUCGGUCCGCCACCUCCGGUGCAGCUGUGCUUGAGUGGAAGAAAUGUCCUGAGUGGGGUGCGGUGGAGACGAUCUCACCAGCUGGCCAAGAGAGCAAAACAGGCCGGCUGUUAAAGGUCUCUUUGGGUAUCUUUGGGCGGCUUCAGCUGCAAGAGGAGAGCAAGGAAUCGAGAUGGGGCACGAACGCGGUGGCAGAAGGCGGCGGCGGCAGGCGCAGAACCAUGGCAACUACGGCACCUGAGAGCAGGUUCAGCGGGCGCCUCCAGAUCAAGGGAAGCAAGGGUGGUGGCCUUGCAUCCUCGAUGUCUUUAGGAGAUCUUCGUGCUGGCCCUCGGAGGGAUUUGCAGGCUGCGGCGGAGGCACGCCUCAGCGCAGCGCCUUUUGGCGUCGUGCUCAGCGAGGUCCCAUAUGAAUCGACACUGCGUUCCAGUUACACGCUGCGGGACACACAGUGGCCACCGCCCGAGGGGCGGACGCGCAUAGGCUGA